CUAUUUUCCCAUCCAAGUUCACAAAGCCCACUCCUCUCUGCUCCAAAAAAAAAAAAAAAAACAAUCCAUGAAUCUCUUAGGGAUCUAUGGUCUUCUGGUCUUGGAGUAUAUGGGCACUAAGGUCCCUUCCAAUCCUAAAAUUAUUUGAUUCAACUUAUUGCUCAAUAGAUAUGCAAGCCAAGAUCCUAGGAAAGAGCCAAUAGGCUACAAAAAAAUGAAUGACAUGGUUUCUCUCCUCAAGGAGUCUCUAGUCUUUUAGGGAAGAACAACUUCAUGGGGAGUGAUAUUUGCUCAGCCCUACCCAUCUUGCUAACAACCUGCAACUUGUGAUUCUCUUAUUUUCUUUGUUCAGGAAUACAAAGUUAUGAUGGCAACAGUACCCGAAAUGGCUUGUGACAUGACAGAUUUUUACAGGGACAAUGAUGACAGUCAAUUUUAUGAGGCUGAUGGACCCAACCAAAAGAAGCAAGGUCACCUCCAGUAUCCUGAUCUCUGCUCCAAAAAAUGUCUUCUGGAGGAGGAUGGCAUCCAGCUGAAAUUCACCUCCCAAUCCCAGCGGUUCUAUCGAUCUGUUGUGGUAGUUGUUGCAAUUGAGAAGAUGAGGCAUUUGGUUCAACCCAGAUAUGACCUCUUUAAGGAUAAUGACCUUAUGACUAUUUUCACAAGCAUCUUUCAAGAAGAGCCCAUCACCGUCAAGAGCUGUGACAUUUAUGAAUCUGACUUUUUUCGAUUUGCAUCCUCCGGGGAUUACACCAUUCAUGACAUAGAUCAAAAAUGCCUGGCUUUGACCAAUGCCAGUGAACUGAAAGCUCUCCAUCUUAGCGGGCCAAACAUAAGCCAACAAGUAAUUUUCAGCAUGAAGUGCUACCUCGGUGAAGUAGGCUCCCAGAAAACAUAUGUUGUCUUAUGUAUCAAGAAAAAUAAUCUCUAUCUGUCUUGUGUGAAGCAUGAUGGGAAGCCCAUCCUGCAGCUAGAGCAAGUCGACAGUUUCCCCAGAGAAAAUGUUGACAGGCGAUUCAUCUUCAAUAAGACAGAAAUCAAUAAUAAGGUUGAAUUUGAGUCAGAGGCAUACCCCAACUGGUACAUCAGCACUUCCCAACUGGAUGCACAGGAGGUCUUCCUGGGGAACAUGAGAGGCGGCCAGGAGAUAACCAACUUCUUUUUGGAUGAUCUUUCUGAAACAGACUCUUAA